UAAUAAGCUAGCGUUCAUUUGCGUACUAAUUCUGACUGAGGGCGUUUGUUCGUGUCCUCUGGCCUUGUGAUAUUAUUCUCUGUGGAAUUUUCCUGUCUUGUGCUUCUGUUUCAACUGAAGACGAAGAAGUAUUAGUUUAGUUAUGGCCGACGACCUCAGUAGCGACGAACGAGACGAUAUGGAGUUGACAGAGGACGAAACCGGCCCGCCAUUGAAAUCCAAAGUUUUGAACGGAGAUCAUGAAAUAGGAGAAACCAAGGUCAGUUCCACAGCUAGAAACACUUCUGUUAGCUCGAGUAGCGGUAAGAGUGGCAGGCACGUGGAAGAAAAUGGCGAAAUUGAAGGAUCAGAGGAAGAAGUCGAGGAAGAAACAGGGGAAUCGGAAGAGGAUAGCUCGAGCGAAGAAGAGUCAUCUUCGGAAGAAUCGUACAGCGACGAUUCGGAGGAAUCUGAGAGGCUCCAGCAAGCAGGAAAGAUAGCUGAAGGUGAGCGCCCUCAGCAUGGUUAUGCUGCAUCUAGUAAAUCACUAUUUGAGAGGAAAGCUCAAGAGGCAAGUGAAACAGGAACAGCUAGAAUCAGACCCAUAGAGCAAGAGAGAGACCUAUUUGUGCCUACUAGUUCUCGACGCAGCACAUUUGAGAAAGCAGCUGCAGAUGAAGUAAAAAAGGUGACACCAAAAAUCAAAGUGGAAGACGAGGAGGUUGACUUGUCAGGAAGAGCAAAAUCUCAUAAACAGCUCUUUGAGGAACAGGCCAGGCUAAGCGCCCAGGUGUCUCCAUCUCUUCCGAGGAAAAUAUUUGGUGAGCAAGAAGGAGAAGUGGAUAUUUCUGGGAAGGCAAGAUCAAAGAAAGAGUUGUUUGAAAAAUAUGCAUCAGAGAAUAAAGCAACAUCACCCGGUGCAGAGAGAAGAAUCCUUGGAGAUGUAGACCUUUCAGGGCGAGCAAAAGCUCAUCGCAAUAUUUUCCAACAAAAGAUAGAGGAAGAGUCCCAGGUCAAAGCAUCUCGCAAGUUUCAUUUAGAGGAAGAUGUCUUUUCUGGCAAGGCAUCAUCGCGACGUGCAAUGUUUGAAAAAUUUGGGUCAUCAAAUGAUGGAAGUCAAAGGGGUUCUAAACGGGUGGAAGAAGAGGAGAUUGACUUGAGUGGAAGAGCAAAGUCCCAUCGCCAAAAGUUUGAGCAAUUUGCUGAGGAAGCCUCCAAAGUCCAAACAGCCAGGUCCAAAAGUGAUGAAUUGGAUCUUGUGGGAAAGGCAUCCUCACACAAAGAAUAUUUUGAUGAAAAGGUCGUAGAGGCUGGCAUGAUCAAAACAUCAGAAAAGAAGUUGAGAGAUGAGGAGGAGGAAGCUAUUGCUGGUAGAGCUCGAUCACACAAGAUGACUUUUGAAGAGAAGGCUGCUAAAGAUUUGGAAGUUCAAACUAGUGAUAAAUCAAGACUGCAAGAAAUACCUGAUAGAAGCACAAGGAAAAAAAGCAAGAAAGAGAAACAUGGAGAUGAACAUGAGAAGAAGAAGAAGAGGCGCAGAUCUUCAUCAAAGUCCAAAGAACACAAAGAAAAUGUGGCACAUGAAGAAGCAACUCCAGAAGACAAGAUUGAGAAUGUGUUUGAAGAAGAAAAAGCUCAAGAUGAAGAAGCAGAGGAGAGAGAAGGAGAGGCAAGGGAAGUCCUUGAGGAUGACAACAGUCAUAAAAUGAAUGGUGAGGAACAUGAAUCAGAUGAAGAGGAACAAAUAGAAGUAAAUGAGACGAUUGAAAAUGAUUUUGGAGGUGAAAUUACAGUCGCAUCUUCAGAUGUGUAUGAGUCCAGUCCAGUUGAUCUCCAUGUUGAAGAAGACACCAAUGAUGGCAAGGAAGAUGAAGAACAUGAACCUAAACAGGUUGAAGAUGAGCCUAAACCAGCCACAUCUGUUACUAUGCGUGAUGAUAGAGAUGUCCCAAUGGAUUAUCGUGCAAGGAGAGCUUUGAGAGAAAAGAAGAAAGCCAUGGAGGAAGAAGCGAAAGGUAAGGAUUCACAAGAUGGUAAGGAAAAGGAAGUUGAGAAAAGUGAAGUUAAACCUUCAGAGGAAGAAAAAUCUAAAUCAGAAGAAGAUAGAGUGAAAGAUCUGGCUACAAGAAAGGCUGAGAGAAGAGAAAGAAGAAGGCAGAGUGCACAUGGUACCUCUGAGGAUGAUGCAGAAGCUCCAUCAGAUGCCUCUUCUGUGAGGAGAACAUCUUUAGCAGCUAGAAGGGCUGAACGAAGAUUGAAAAGUGCUGGCAAGUCUGAGGAGACUGGUAAUGUUGAGAAAUCCACUAGUGUGGACAAAGUAGAAGAAGUGCAAUCUACAAUUGAUGAGAAAAGAGCAGCGCGAAGAGCAGCGACUAGGGCUGCUGAGAAGGCAACAGAAAAGAAAGAGGAAGCCAAACCUGAUAAGGAAGAAGAGAAAGAAGAUGCAUUGGCACGUAAGAGACAGGAGAGGAGAGAGAGAGCUGAGAGAAGGAGAAGCAGCAGUAAAAGUGAAGCAAUACCUGUCAAAGCCUUAACUAAGAGAGGAUCUACCUCAGAAGAAGACCAAACAAGUAAUACUUCUGAGCAGAAGUCAACAUACACAGCAUCUGUGAAAUCAAGAUUUGAGAAGAAAGGAGGUGAAGAACAAACUUUGAGUACAUCUCGAGUGAGAGAUUCAAAGCCUUCAGAGGCUAAAACCGAGACUGUGUCAGCACGGAAACAAUCAGGAGAUAAUCAGGUAAAUCAACAGGAAAAGAGAGCACAAAGAAAAGAGAAGAAUGAUGAGAUUGACAGUGUCAAAUUGAAAACAAGUGUCCAGGGAGAGAAUAGUGGUUACAAGCCAAGAGGUGCAAGAGAAACUCUGAACAAGUUUGAGGGAAAGGAGAAUACCAAAGAUACAACUACUAAACCUGUUACUGAAACUGUGAAUUUUGGGGAAUCUGAUGAUGAUAGUGAAAAGAGGACUAAUCGCUUUGCACCACCUCAACAAGAGAAAUGUGAGACAUGCACGAAGACUGUUUAUCCAAUGGAGAGGCUUGCUGCUGACAACAAGGUGUUCCAUAAAACGUGCUUUAAAUGUGCUGAGUGCAAAUCAACAUUAAGACUUGGAAACUAUGCUGCCCUACAAGGGAAACUUUAUUGUAAACCGCACUUCAAACAGCUGUUCAAAACCAAGGGGAACUAUGAUGAAGGAUUUGGCCGUGAACAGCACAAAACACAAUGGACCAAGGGUAGAUGAAACGUGUAAUGAGCAGCAAAGGAAAAACCCAAUUGCAUUCUAGAUUUCAUUACUGGUCAUUCGCUUAAGAAAUAUUGAUGUAGACUAAUAGCAAGCAAUUUAGGUCACUUUAAAAAUCUUCAACUGUAGUUUCCUCUUUUGCCUCUUGCUUCCAAGAGGCAGUAAUUAAACGCCGUCAGGAGGGAGCUAUGUCAGCAACCAAUCUUCCACCCCUUUCAUUAAAAGAGAAUCGAAAUUAUUCUUAAUGAGGAAUUCGGCGAUGGAGGAUGUACAGUUGAAGUAUUUUUAUGAUUGUUUGAAUAGUAAACAGGAGAUUUUUGAAAUAGUUUUGAUAAUUUCACAGUAAAAUUAAUAUCGUUGGAUAAUUUAAACAGUUUUCAGGGGCUGACAUAACAAUGACAGUGUGAGAUCACUCGGAUAGCUUGAAUUAUAAUUCACUGUAAUAUGUGAAUUUUAUGUUAAAUAAUGGAAGCUACAAGCUUUAAUGAAUUUUGCUAUGAAGAGUACAAAGAAUGAAAAGUGCGUGACAUUUGUGCUUUGCAUUUAGAGUAUCGGGUUUAAUAUCUUUUGGUGAAAAUCAAAUCACUUUGUACUGUAAAUAUUUUUGGAAAGAAAAUUUAGCGUGGAGUUGAUUACAGCAUAAUGUGCACUUGCACAUUGACUGGCCACAGUUGUUUCGUAAAUUUUGUUCGACCUGAAGUACUUGUAGCGGGUGGUAUAGCACAUAAAGAGGUAUUUCAUUAAUCAUUUGAUUAUUAAUUUCAGUCAAGUUCAAGAAAAUACUGGCUAACUUUUUUCAGGGAGUAAGUAUUUGUGAUCAGUGUUGCGUGACCCUAGCUACAGAAAAACAUUGUUUGCGUCACGCAAGAUCGAUUAGUUUUCACCUGAAGUACACUUGUUGUGUUAGUCCCACAGAGGUUUGGUGAGUGCAUCAUUGGCCAGGUCAUGACAAAUUCGGUUCUCCUCAGCAUGUCUAAAAUAGUUUAUUUUGAUCAGCAAUAAAUUGGAAAUGAUUUUUAGGAAUAAUUAAA